AUGAAUGUGUCCAACAACUGCAGCACCACAGAUCUAGAACCUCACCCCCAUGUUCGCCUCAUUGAAUUAGCUCUGUACAGCCUCAUUUUCUUUUUUGGAGCACUGUUUAAUGUCCUUGCCUUCUGGGUGUUCUCCUGCAAGAUGAAGAAGUGGACAGAAACCAGGGUCUAUGUAAUGAAUUUAGUCUUUGCUGAUUUCUCUGUCAUCUGCACCUUGCCUUCCAUGGUUUAUUUGCUCUGGAAUAAGUCAACCCGAGGGGAGCUCUGCCGGUUUACAGAGACAAUGUAUUUUAUCAACAUGUUAGUGAGCAUCUACAUCAUUUCAUUCAUCUCCAUUGAUCGAUACAUUGCCAUAAAGCACCCUUUGAAAGCCAGGGCCUUCAGGUCCCCAUCAAAGGCUGCCCUCCUCUGUGGGCUCCUGUGGGUCCUGGUCAUAGUCAGUGCCACCAUCCAGCUUGGGCACAGACACACAGAUAUCUGCUUCCAGACCUACACCCUGCCCGCUGCUCUCAGCCUGCUGGCCAUUUUCUUUGUUUUCACUCUCCCAUUAGCCAUCUUGAUCUUCUGCUCCACAGAAGUCAUCAGGAACCUCAAGAAACAUCUGAACACGAAUUCACCGGAGGAGAAAUCGAUCCAUAAAGCUGUACACAUUAUUUAUGCAAACCUGAUUGUAUUUCUGAUAUGUUUCCUGCCAGCCUGCCUCGGGCUGCUCUCCAGGUUCAUCAUGGAGAGUGUUGGAGCUACCUGUUUCCUGCUCUGUGUCAUGAAGAACUUGUCCUCCGUGAUGAGGUGCAUUGCCACGUCCAACUGCUGCCUCGAUAGUGUCUGCUACUACUUUGUCACCAGGGAGUUCCAGGAAGCCUUUCUACAGCCCAAAGCCAGCACUCAACAACCAGAGGCAACCCACCCCUUGCAGAUAGAGACAUGCUAAAGGAAAAAGUGGAACAAAAAUCAACAUCUGCAACAUAAAGAAGAAAUACAGCUUCAGGGCUACUGGGAUAAGUAUUGCUCUUUUUCUCUUGCAAGUUCUUAGUUAGGUUUAGAAAUUUACACUCUAUGUUUCCAUUAAACAAAUAGGUCAAAGAGAUAUGCAAAAGUGUGUAUGUAAUCAGUUGUUGUUAAUGUGCCUCCAUUCCACCCUCCAGCACCUACUAGUUACUGUUACACCAAGACAGGUGAGCCAUGUACCUCUUUUAAUUCCUU